AGGGAAGUGAGAAAGAGAGGCCUCUGAUAGGUGAAAGAUGGGUAGAAAUCUUAGUCCAAUACUUCAGCGAGAGCUGGAAAAUCUUGACAAGGAUGCUAAUAGGUGUAAAUCAGCAAUGAGAGCUCUUAAAUCAUAUGUGAGAGACCUAGAUUCAACAGCAAUACUAAUCUUCCUUGCACAAGUAUCUGAGGACCAAAGAAACUGGAUCCGUAUCUGGGGAAUACACCAUUUCACUGUAUGAGGUUCUUGCCCGUUUGCAUGGUGUGAACAUUGUUCCUCAGAUUGACAUCAUUAUGUCAACCAUUAUCAAGACACUAACUUCAAGUGCAGAUUCUUUUCCUCUUCAACAGGCAUGCUCAAAGGUGGUCCCUGCAAUUGCAAGGUACAGAAUUGAUCCAACCACACCAGAAGAUAAGAGGAGGCACAUAAUUCACUCUCUCUGCAAGCCUCUUUCAGAUUCUCUCCUAGGAUCUCAAGAAAGCCUAACUUCAGGGUCUGCUCUUUGCUUGAAGGCCCUUGUGGAAUGUGAUAAUUGGCAGUUUGCUUCAAAUGAGAUGGUUAACA